AUGUCCGCCCCUCACAGCACGAGCGAGCCCGUCUCGAAGAACAUUGUCUGGCACGAGGGCGUCUCGCAGAAGCAGCGCGAGGAGCUCGUCGGCCAGCGCGGCGUCACCAUCUGGUUCACGGGCCUCUCUGCGUCGGGCAAGUCGACGCUCGCCUGCGCCCUCGAACUCGAGCUCCUCCAGCGCGGCAAGCGCGCCUUCCGCCUCGACGGGGACAACGUGCGGUUUGGACUGAACAAGGACCUCGGCUUCUCGCCCAAGGACCGCGAGGAGAACAUCCGCCGCGUUGGAGAGGUCGCCAAGCUCGUCGCCUCGUCUUGCACGACCACCCUCACCGCCUUCAUCUCACCCUACCUCGCCGACCGCGCUCUCGCUCGCAAGAUUCACGAGGACAGCAGCAUCCCCUUCCUCGAGGUUUUUGUCGACGCGCCGCUUGAGGAGGUCGAGAAGCGUGACCCGAAGGGAUUGUACGCCAAGGCGAGGGCUGGCGUGAUCAAGGAGUUUACUGGCAUCUCUGCACCCUACGAGGCGCCGGAGAAGCCCGAGCUGCACAUCAAGACGAACGAGACGAGCAUCGAGGAGGGCGUCGCACACAUCGUCGCCUACCUCGAGAAGAACAACUUCAUCUAG